UUUUUCGUCCGAAGCGCCGUGCUUUCAUCCACUUCUAGGGUUUUUUCCUUCUUCAAAAUAUCCUCCCAAUCUCACCAUUUGAUCUCUCUCUCUCUCUCUCUCUCUCUCUCUCUCAGCGAGUUCUUAUCAAUGGAUGAAUCGGGAUCAGGCAAGGAUGUGAAAGCACCUAACUUAUUUGAGAGAAUAAAGGAAGAGUUUGAAGCAAUCACUCACAAGGAAAAGACCCAUCACAAGGAAACUCAUGGAAAGAGCAACGCCAUUGAUGAAGACACACCGAUCGACAAAGUGAAAGGCCCUAGUGUUUUCGAACGAGCAAAGGAAGAAGUUGAGGCUCUUAUCGAAACUGUACAUCCAAAAAAAGUGCCGGAUCAUAAAUCACACCCCGAGAAAGAUACAGGUUGCUUGCCAUCUCUUGGGAAAACGUUUGAGAACAUUUGCUCGCCUUCAAAUGAAAAGAAAGACUAAGCCUGCAGACUUCCGCAGAUAUGUCUGUUUGAUAUCUCCAAAAUGUAUUCUUGUGGUCUCUUUGAUGACCAUUUAACUUAAUUAUGAACAAUAGUUAUGUAUCCGUGCGCAUCUGCUCUUGCUAAAUUCAGAAUUUUCACUUUGAGGAGUUGGUACAUCUUUUUCCAGUAUUUGUUACACAUGAUCGUUAUGAAUUUAAGUCUGGUUGUCAUCAUCAUCAUA